GAACUGGACAAUAAUUGGCUCGUGGAACAAAUAAGGAGCAUGUCUCCGAUGACUAAAUCCUACACAACAUCACUCCAAGUAAGUCCACUAAGAGAGCACUUGUCCAGUCGCGAGCAAGGCGCUAAGUUGUGAAGUGACUGUGAAGAAGAGAUGAAGGGGGUUGCAGCGGCCGUUUGGCUCGUGUGCUACGUCGCGACGCUAGGAGACGCCGUUGCUUUUGAUACAACGACGACCAAACAACUGGAAGAAGUGAUCGAAAAGAAUGAUUUCAUCGUGUAUAUCAAUCACAUCAAACCCAAACGACGAAUUGUACAUAAUGCAGAGACGCUUUUUGCGGUUGAAUUUCCAGGAACCGAUCAGAAAUUCGAGCUCAAACUUGACAGAAGCACGAAACGAGUUAUUGUUGAAACUGUGGAGGAUGGCCGCCGCAGAAUCCAACACUUCAAAGUUGACUCCCUCCACGAGAAUAGUAUCAUCAAGUCGCUGAUUCUGGCCGUAAAUCAGACCAAACCAGGGGCACAUGCCACGUUGUAUAUAAAUUGUGUGUCUUAUGGAAUGGUUGCCACCCCCAAGUCGAUGAGAGAUAUGUAUGAGUCCAUGGUAGAUCCAAGAGUAGAAGUGUUCCAUGACAAAAAAUACCCAUUAUUCGUCGACGGCCACAAAGACCUCCGCAUGGUGCUUAGCAAAAACAACUGCCCCGUCCAACCAGAAACCGACUAUGACGACUCCUUCAGCUACCUCCGUGACGACCCCAUCAUCGGCGGCCGCAAAGACCACCGCGCUGACAUCCCCAUUCUCGACGCCAUCGACACGAACGCCCUCUUCGACGUCAUCAACAAACUCAUCAUUGCUGUCAACCGUCUUGACGAAGAAAUCGGCCAACAUUCGCAAGUCAUUGACCAUUUACGCCACCUCAUCGAAGAAUGCGAAUUGUGCAAACGCAGGCCCCCUGAGUACGUUCGCCCCACUUGUGCUACACACAACCCCUGCGCUCCGGGUGUACGGUGUGAAGAGACCGCCACGGGUUUGAGAUGCGGCCCUUGCCCUUCAGGAUACAUCGGAAAUGGGUAUCAGUGUAGGAGAGGACGCACUUGUAGAGAUCAGCCAUGCUUUCGAGGAGUGCAAUGUUAUGAUGAUGCGGAGAGGGGGUACCGUUGCGGGAGCUGUCCACAAGGAUACGAGGGCAAUGGGGAAGUUUGCCAGAGACGGAACCCUUGCGAGACCAACCCCUGUGGGCCAGGAGUGAGAUGUUAUCCCAUCGAAGAAUAUCCCUUUUACCAUUGCGAAGGUUGUCCUCCCGGAUCCACUGGAAAUGGAACGAAUUGUCACGACUUGGACGAGUGCGACCUAGCCCAACCUUGUGACGAAAAUGUACCAUGUACAAAUCUCUCGCCGGGGUAUAGGUGCGGCCCUUGCCCUCAUGGGUUCACCGGAAGCCGCGGAAGCCAAGGAGUGGGCUUAGAGGAAGCCCUACGAAACAAACAACGUUGUGAGGACAUCGACGAGUGCCGUGAAGCAGCCCCAUGCGGGCCAAAUGCCUAUUGCGUCAACACAAUGGGUUCCUACGACUGUGUAGAGUGUCCCAAUGGAAGAUACGAUCCCAGUGUCGGAUCAUGUCUUGGAGAAAACUAUUGCCCUAACGGAAUCCAAUGCGAUUCAAACGCUAAAUGUGUCCAACACGGUCCGAAUUCGUACUCCUGCGAAUGCAAGACUGGAUGGGCAGGAAAUGGUAUUCACUGUGGGCCGGAUUAUGACCUUGAUGGGUGGUCUGACCAACGAUUGCCUUGUCGAGACCCAAGAUGUAAGCUUGAUAAUUGUGUGGAUGUUCCUAAUUCUGGACAAGAGGACAGUGACGGCGAUGGAGUAGGAGACGCGUGUGAUAACGAUGCGGAUAAAGACAGAAUUCCCAACGAUAAAGAUAACUGUCCUUAUGUCCCUAAUUUCGAUCAAAAGGAUACAGACGGAGACAGAGUUGGGGAUGCUUGCGACAACUGUCCUUAUGACUCGAAUCCGGACCAAAGAGACACGGAUCAAGACAAGAAGGGUGACCGUUGUGACGAUGAUAUUGACAAUGAUGGGAUAAGAAAUGAGAGGGAUAAUUGUCCAUUGAUUCCUAACAGGGAUCAAAGGGAUAGUGAUCGUGACGGUAUUGGAGAUGUUUGUGAUAACUGUCCUAAUGUCUUUAAUCCCAAACAGAAAGAUAGUGAUUUCGACAAUAUCGGAGAUGAGUGUGAUGUAGGCCCUGAUCAAGAUCACGAUGGUAUACCCGAUCAAAUUGAUAACUGCCCCACAGUUCCCAACGGAAAUCAAUUGGACACAGAUGGGGACAAUAUAGGGGAUGCCUGCGAUGAUGAUAAGGAUAAUGACGGAUUCAAAGACCAUCAAGAUAACUGUUAUCUAGUCUACAAUCCAGAUCAACUCGAUUCUGAUGGCGAUGGUCGGGGCGACGCUUGCCAGUGCGACACCGACAACGACACUCACUGCGACAACGUCGACAACUGCCCCAACAACUCCCUCAUCUACCAAACCGACUUUAGCAAAUACCAAACAGUAGCUCUUGACCCGGAGGGCUCUUCUCAAAUUGACCCAAUCUGGGAGAUCUACAACCAAGGAGCUGAAAUUACUCAAACCCAAAACAGCGACCCUGGCCUCGCCGUCGGCAACGACAAAUUCGAUGGUGUUGAUUUCGAAGGCACCUUCUAUGUGGGCACCGACGUCGACGAUGAUUACGCCGGCUUUAUAUUCGGUUAUCAAAGCAAUAAACAAUUCUAUGUGGUAAUGUGGAAGCAAAACCAGCAGACUUAUUGGGACAGCAACCCUUUCCGUGCCGUUGGAGAGGCAGGUAUUCAGAUAAAACUAGUCGACUCGCAAACCGGCCCUGGAAAAAUGCUACGGAAUUCCUUGUGGCACACUGGAAAUACACCGAAUCAAGUGAAAUUGCUCUGGAAAGAUACAAGGAAUAUGGGAUGGAGACCGAAAACGUCGUACCGCUGGUACCUCAUCCACAGACCCAGAAUUGGGUUAAUCCGAUUGCAGAUUUAUGAAAAGGAUAAGAAAAUUACAGAUUCUGGCAAUAUUUUCGAUAAAACUCUUCACGGAGGACGGCUGGGAGUGUUCUGUUUUUCGCAAGAAAUGGUCGUUUGGUCCGACCUGGCAUACAGGUGUAACGAACGCUUACCUGAAGCCGUCUGGAAUGAGUUGCCCCACAAACUAAAAGGAUCAAUUCACAAAGAUAUCAACAGACCACAUCGUAUUGUUUCAGGAAAUCCGUUCUUACAAUAGUCAAAUUACUGUGUUAACCAACCUUUUUGUGUUCUUUUAGGGCAAAACUUUGUAAUUUUAUGUACUUAUCAUGUUUCAAAUAACGUUAAUUGUGUUGACAGUGUGAAUUUUUGACAAUAAAGUAAUAUAUUAACA